ACAAUUCCAUGUGCAACUUCCGAAUUUGAAUAUGGCAUCACGCUGGUGAGUCGGUAAAUUGUUGCGCAUUGGAAAUGACUUUAUAGCUCAUAUAUAUUCAAGCAUCCAAUUGCAAUGUCUGCAAUUCAGCGAAGAAAGAGGCGUGCAAAUGGAGGUCACAGAAAAGACACACCUGAUGUAAAAAUUAUGAAAUCCAUGGACUCCUUUGCUCGAUCGAUCUCGUCAAUAGAUUACCAAUUGACGCAGAAAUUCAGUAUAUGUGCCAGACCAAACUCUCAGAUGGGCGGUUUAAGACCCCUAAUGAAAUUACUGGAGAUAUCAUGCCACGGAAUCCCGUGGUUGUUGGGAACUGUUGUGUUGCUUUUAUCUGUUCACAAACCUGAACAUUUAGAAAUCCUAAUGAAUUUGUUAAUCGGUCUUAUAGGAGAUCUCAUCAUUAUUGCAGUACUAAAGAUGCUAGUCCAGCGAGAGAGACCACCCCUUAACAAAUCAGAUAUGUUUGCUACCGUAUCUGUCGACAACUUCUCCUUCCCAUCAGGCCAUUGUUCAAGGGCUAUCAUGCUAGCUUACUUCUUUUCGGAGAAAGUAAAUUUAGAAGCACCGAUCCUUGGACUCAUUGUUCUUUGGGCACUUGUGGUCUCACUCUCCAGACUUCUUCUGGGUAGACAUUAUUUUAGUGAUGUGGUUUUUGGAAUGGUUCUUGGAGCAGUUGAGUUCAAACUUUUGUCUUAUUAUUGGCUCUCUCAAGAGAAUUGCAUGUUUGUUUUAGAACCAUUUUUUGCUCAUUUUCACUUGUAGAUUUGAAAUCUGUGAUGAACAAAUGCAUUGAUUGAAAAUGUUCAAAACGAGACUUAGUUGAAUCGAAUUAUACUUCCCUUAACAGCUUCAUGUGUAUACUAAGUUAGAUAUGCAAGUAGAUAUAUAUAAAGUUUGUGUAAUAUACUAUAUACAGUUUUAAAUUCUCUCCUAGUUAUUUUCACAAGUUUUUUUUUUUUUUUCUUGUGGUCUAAAUCCAUUUUCCCAGUUUUAGAUCCACAGUAUUGAUUUUAAUUUUUGCAUCUACAUGUAAAUGUGAUAGGAAUGAUAUGCACAUAUUUACUGCUGUUCAAAUAUCACAGUUUUUGCAGACUGUGAAAAUAAGAAAAUUAAACUGCAGAGAAAAAUUGUUGUAUAUAUUAUAUUAAAAAAGAGUCAAAUACUGUAACAUAAUGUUUCAGUAGUCACUUUUUAUUCUUUAGCGGAUAUGAUUAAUUCAGUGUGCACCAAAAUCUUUUUUCAACUCGAGCCCAAAGUAGACUGUUGCAUUAGUGAUGGCAACAAUUUACAAGCACUUUUUACUAGCAAGACUAAAAAAUGUGAUAAAUAAAUUGGCAGUUUUAUUUUCAGUCAUUUAGAUAUAUGAUAAUUCCAGUAUACAGUAUAUACUGUACGACAGGUGAAGAUUUGUUUUCCUCUACCCUAGUCAUGCUUGUUUGUUUAAAGUAGGCAGAAAUGACAAAUAAAUAAUAACAGAACCAACAUGGAUGGAGAUCAGCUGGGAUAGAAUUGGGAAAAUCAAAACUAUAUCUAUUCCACUCAAGAUUUAGAUUUGCUUUUAUUUGUUGUACAUAGUAAAUGUAAAAGUUUUAUCAACAGUAAUUAGAGGAAGAGAGCGGAAAUUCUACUAGUCAAACUUAGCUAAUGCUGACCUGCAUUGUACUAGCCUGACCAAGUUUUUAUUGGUGCUUGCCUCUGCUUGGGGAAGUCCUUUUGGUGCACGCUGUUUUGUAAUUCCUGUAAUAUACAGUUUUACUGCUGAGAUUUACCUGAGCCGCCGAUCUAACCCAACUCUUUAUAAUAUAUGGUGAGCUAUAAAUACACCCAAACGUGCUGAAACUGUAAGUGCAAUCCCUGAUGGAUCUAAAUUUAUACUGAUUUGUGAUCAGUGAAUGAAAGCGAGUAGCAGUUUCAAAUUACAGCAGAUGUUAACCACUUGCAUAUAAUAAAUCUUUGGUAUUUUUAUUUAGCUUUAAAUGUAAAUGCCUAAAAUCUAUCAUUUAACAUGGAAUGUUUGCAUUUGUAAGUAAAUUUUCAAUAAACUAUUAUGUAUUUGGCCAUGAAAAGGUAUUCCUGAAUGAUGGUCUGCAAUUGUAAUUUUAAACAAUACGAUGUAUUUUAAUAUGCAUAAUUAUUGUUAUGAGAUAUAGUUUUCAUAAAUUUUAUCCUAUUUGCUUUGUGGCAGAAUGUUCAUUGUAUAGGUCACAGUACUUGGUAUUAUUAAUUUCUCGUGCUAAUCGGAACGGACAUUUUUUUUGUAUCCUGUAUCAAUGUUGAUAUAUAAAUGACCAUGUAGGUAAACUUAAGGGUAAAGUAUUGAUUUCAAACUUUGUAAAUGGUCAAAGGGAAAUAUGGUGUAUAUAUGAAAAACUGUUCUCAUCUCAUCAUUACUGAAUGUAGUGUUGCUCAUAAGCUCUUAAACAACAUAAAUUUACAAAUACUGUUAAUUAUUGAAGAUAAAAGAAUUGGGUCUAGUAGCAUUUUUGUGCAGUUUAUGAUAAUACAUGUGUCAAUUUGUAUAUUGUACUUGUAUAUGAUUAAAUCAUGUAUGCAGUGGCAACUUUACAUUCAUGAUGAUCCCAUGUAGGGAGGGAGUUCUUGUUAAAACUUGGAUCCUCAGUGCAUAUGUUCAUUUUAUUUGAGUGAUGUGCUGUCGGUAUAUUUUGAUGACUCGCCACGAUGAUGUCAGUAAAGCAAAAUGAAUACUCAGUUUCCAAGGUAUCAACUCUUCUAUGGUAGAAUAACAUCAUUAUUCUGUUGAACACUGGCAUGUGAACAGGGUAUGUGUGUACUAUUAAUUGAAAGAGGAAAAGUUACAAAAGUUAUUCCUUUUUAUUUCAGCCAGAGUACAUAUUAGAAUGGUCAUAAGGAAAUGAUGUUAUAUGAUUAAAUCUGUUCGAUCAAAACUUUUUAACAAAGGAAGGCAGUGAAGGUCAUUAUUUGUCCCAGGAUAUUUUAUCCUUGAUAACCUGUGAACUUUUUAAAACUAAAUUUUAUUUUGCUCACAGUUCAGGAGAUGAGGUAGCAACUGAUAUUUUUCCUCUUGUCUUCACUGCGUGUGUACACAAAUAUCUUGCUUCUCACAUGACAGUUAUUUUGCACCUCGGAAAUUGUGUAUUGAUGAUAGCAGAAUGCUGGAUUUGAUUGUAAUAAUUACCUGCAGUAUCGCAAACCACUGGCAGUAUGAUAGUGUCCCACUUUUCAAGUCGCAUGCAGAAUUUAUGUUGUAAGUUGAUUUGUGAACUCAGGAAAUUUUUGUCAUAUUGUAUUUGAUAUGUGACAUCCAUGCAACAUCUGAAUUAAAACAUCAUUUUGAUACAACCAUCAAUAAAUCAAACAAAGACGGCUAAGUCAUAUUAAAUCCUUUGAUCUGCUAACUUGUUCAGCUCUGUGUAGCGAUCUACUUGAUCAAAGGAUCUAAUCUUAAUUAUUUUGCAAACAAAUGGUUAUUUCAACAGUCACUUUAUAUCGAUUUUUAUGGUGCAUGUACUCCUUUCAUUGCAAAGGUGAUGUCCAUGUUGAGAAAAUGGUGUACAAAAUGUAAUUGAGCAUUUAGAACUAGCUGUACCUGAAAAAACACUUUGUGUACAUGUCUGCAUGAUCUCUGUAACACGAUAUGAUUAGAAUGUAUGACACUGGAGUAGCAAUAAAUAUUAUUUUACUUUC